AUCGAGUUCUCUGAAAACAAUUAUAUUUAAAAAAACUGUAUCAUUGGGAUCCAUUUAACUCUGGUGAAGAACAAUCAUCUUGUGCUGCAUUUCUUACGUGGUGUGAUGGAUGUUAAUGCAGCAAAUACCUUAGAUCUAAAAUCACAUUGAAUCACACUGCAAGCACUGAUUGACAGGUUUUAAAUUGCUUUGUUUUAUUUAUUGGGCAAUGCAGGUCUUCUUAACAAUUUUCUUAGUGAUGGCACUCCUACAAAGGGGACUCAGUUAUGACUGAAAGCAACUUCUCCUUUUGUCUAUUUUCUGUCGCUAUUGGAGUUAAAUCUUUUUCUAUUUUCUGUUAACUUGGAUUAUUUUGCUUCUUUUCCUAAGUACAAACUAUAGAGAGGAAAGGAAAAAUGGCUGCAGUAAUAUCACUUUGCGCUUCAAACAUGCUUUCUGCUAUAGUAAUGCAGAGCCCUCUAAGACACACUGGGCUACAUAAACUCAUUCCCCUCAAAUACAUGGAACAUUGCUGUAAUAUAAAGGGUGGAAGGAAGCAUGCCUGUUUGAAAGCAGGUGCAUCGCAUCACAGGCUCGUUGUAUUAGCUGUUACUGAAGGUUCUGCAAAGUCGAGGUCUGGGGACGACAAAGUUCCAUCAUGGGCAAAACCUGACUCGGAUGAGCCGCCACCUUGGGCUCAUGAUGAAGGUGUUGGGAGCGCAGCUCGGCCGCCAUUUGUGAUCCCCUUCUAUGCCUAUCUAUUGGCAUCUGCUGUCACUGCUAUUGCCGCGAUUGGUUCCAUGUUUGAGUAUGUAAAUCAAAGGCCGGUUUUCGGCAUCUUGAGCUCGGACAGUAUAUUUUACGCACCAUUGCUUGGGUUCUUCGCAUUCACGGGGAUUCCGACAUCUGCCUUUCUAUGGUUCAAAUCUGUUCAGGCUGCAAACAAGGAAGCUGAGGAACAGGAUAGAAGAGAUGGGUAUUCGUAGAGGUGAUUGUUAAUUCUCCUGCUUUGUGCACUAUGUUUUUUUCUUAAAAAUCUAUCAAAAUUUGAUGAUGUAGAUUUAUGAAGCUACUUGAUGUUGAUUUCUUUGUAUAAUGAAAAUAAAUUGUGAUCUUGCAAAAGAAAAUUGAUAGAUGAUUUUAGUUCAGAUGUUCUAUUUA